CAGGGAGGGUAAAUAAAUAGGAAGAGAGGGAAGGGGAGAGGAGACCAAAGUGGGGCAGUAAGUACACGUCUAGCGCAGGCAAUUCCAUGUGCCCGCCCACAUGGAUGAUUGGAGACUCGUAGCCCCAUAGCCAUUGCCAACACCAACAAAAACCUCUACAAUUUACACAAACACGUUACAAGAACAAAAACCAACCACAACAACAAACAAUGAAUCUCUUCUUAUUCUUCUUCUUCUUCUUCUUCUUCUAAGUUGAGUUUUUUGGUUUUUUGAGAGAUUUAGAGAGAGACCCAGACGAGUAUUUGAGGUCCAAAGUGGUUCCUUUUGGGGAGAGAGAGUGAAAAUGAAGGAAAACAAUGAUGGGUUUGUGAGAGCAGAUCAGAUUGAUCUGAAGAGCUUGGAUGAGCAGCUUGAGAGGCACUUGAACAAGGUUUGGAAUUUGGACAACAAGAACAAGAAGAUAUUUGAGGAAGCUUAUAUUAAUAAUAAUAAUAAUGAUAAUAAUAAUAAUAAUAAUAUCAAUGAUCUUCUUCCCACCACCAUUAGUGCCAAGACUUCUGUUUUGAGCCCUUUGAAGCAAAGGCAAGAUUGGGAGAUUGAUCCUUCCAAGCUUCUCAUCAAGAGUGUCAUUGCACGUGGCACUUUUGGGACCGUCCAUCGUGGUGUCUACGACGGCCAAGAUGUCGCCGUUAAAUUGCUUGACUGGGGUGAAGAGGGCCACAGGACGGAAGCUGAGAUUGCUUCACUAAGAGCAGCUUUUACACAAGAAGUUGCUGUCUGGCAUAAACUUGAUCAUCCUAAUGUUACUAAGUUUAUAGGAGCAACAAUGGGUUCAUCAGAACUACAAAUACAGACUGAAAGCGGCCAAAUUGGCAUGCCCACCAGCAUCUGUUGCGUUGUUGUGGAAUAUCUUCCCGGGGGUGCUCUGAAAUCUUUCCUCAUAAAGAACAUGCGGAGGAAGCUAGCUUUUAAGGUUGUGGCCCAGCUGGCCCUGGAUCUUGCCAGAGGUUUGAGUUACCUUCAUUCACAGAAGAUUGUUCACAGAGAUGUAAAGACAGAGAACAUGCUCUUGGACAAGACACGGACGCUAAAAAUAGCUGAUUUCGGGGUGGCUCGUGUCGAGGCUUCAAAUCCUAAUGACAUGACUGGGGAGACUGGGACACUUGGUUACAUGGCUCCCGAGGUUCUCAAUGGCAAUCCAUAUAACAGGAAGUGCGACGUUUACAGCUUUGGCAUCUGUUUAUGGGAGAUAUACUGCUGUGACAUGCCAUAUCCUGACCUUAGUUUCUCAGAAGUUACUUCAGCAGUGGUUUGCCAGAAUCUGAGGCCAAACAUACCGAGAUGUUGCCCGAGUUCCCUAGCGAAUGUAAUGAAGAGAUGCUGGGACGCCAACCCUGACAAGCGACCGGAGAUGGACGAGGUAGUUUCACUGUUGGAGGCGAUUGACACAUCGAAAGGCGGAGGUAUGAUCCCUGGUGACCAGCCUCAGGGCUGUCUCUGCUUCCGCAAGUAUCGAGGCCCUUGACCAUUUUUACUUCUUUUCUUGUUGAUCUAUCUGAGAGGUUUUUUACUUCUUGAUCAGAUAAACAACUGGUGUAGUGGUGUAUAAAUAUAUGAUUAUUCUUAGGAUCAGAAAGAUCCGAUCUAGAUUAGAGUUUGGGGUACUAACAAGGAGAAAAAAAAAAAAAAAACAAGUGGUGAAGAUUCCUGCUUUGUAUACGCUGAAGAAAACAAAGUUGCAUCUCGCAUUUUAUGAGGAUGUAAAGCUUUUGUUAGUAUUCCUUUUUAUCUUGUCUUCUCUCUCUCUUUUUAUUUUUUGUUUCUUUUAGCACCUCAUUUGUAAGAUAAUUUUCAUCACAUACUUUGAGAAAAUACUAUUAUUGCAAUAA